AUGGCUUUUGGAGGUGCACCCAAAUGUGAAAACUGCAAUGGAUCCGUAUAUCAUGCUGAACAAGUACUGGGACCUCAUAGAAAGAUAUACCACAAGUUGUGCUUGAAAUGCGCUCAAUGUGGAAAGAGAUUGGAUCCUGGUAAUCUGGUUGAACACGAUUCUCAACCAUAUUGCUCGAGGUGUCAUACGCAGUUGUUCGGUACACGAGAUCUACGCCAUGCCAAUGUGUUACCCAAUAUAACACCGACAUCAUCACCUGCAAGACCUCAACCACCUAUGACACCAUCCACGCCUACAUAUCGGUUACCUUCGUCAGCUCAAUCGCCCAUACGCAGCUUUCCUACCCCGACCGAAUUCUAUACACCUCCAAGAGCACGUACGCCACCUCCUGCAGAACCUGCUACCCCAACAGAUCCAAGUAUACCUAUAACGAGGCCGAAUUUCAGAGAUGCGAGACCGAUAAGUAUACCGUUUGCAGGUGGUUCAAAAGCUUUAGAUGAUAGAGGUCUACUAAGAAAAGGUGAAAGUCCAAGAAGUAAAGUAGGUGAAAGGAUAACAGGUGAAGAUGGAUGUAAAGGUUGUGGAAAGAGAGUGUAUGCCGCAGAACAGGUUUACUCGAUAGGGUCAAAAUGGCAUAAAGCAUGCUUACGUUGUACGUCAUGUAAAUCUACAUUGGAUCCGUCAAAGGUAUCCGAUAAAGACGGUUUACCGUUUUGCAAGAACUGUUAUGCAAAGGAGCAUGGUCCAGAAGGUAUAAUGGGAAAGAGAUGA